GGAAAGGGAAAAAAAAAGGACCUGCGCGUUGUUUGGAGUUUUGCCUGCCGAUGGUCUGGCCUGCGGGUACCAUGCGUUGCCAAUGACCGGUGAGUGUAUGGUAAACAUUGUGACGUUGUAAUCUGUAGGGAUUUGAGGGCUAUACUGUCAUGUCGGACUCCUAUACCUGAAGUUUAUGUCGACGAAGACGGUCCGAGUGGCAUAUAAGAAUUCUCCAGUGCCCUCCAUGUUUGAGACUUUGACAAGACUCUAUCAUCACCGCACUUGACUCAUCUUCUCUCAGAAGCCAUACAAAGUUUCAGUGGCCAGGAACUAAGGCCAUUCUCGACUGUUCAUAUGCCAACUUAUCUUUUCGUCUAAAUCCUCAGCCCAAAAAACAAAACAACCAAGAUGUUGUCAGAAAUACAGACCGGGAGCACAAGGCUCUCGCCUCUUAUUCUAUGGCCUCUGGUAGCAAUUUCACUUGUCGUCAUCGGCCUCCUUCUUCAAAUCAUCUACAACGUGACAUUCCACCCUCUCUGCAAAUAUCCAGGACCCAAGCUAUGGGCCGCCACUCGCAUCCCCUACGCAUUGAUGGGCGCCCGCGGCCAAACGCACAAGGAAAUCCUCGCCCUCCACCAAUACUACGACGCCGAAAUCAUCCGCGUCUCGCCUAAUGAGCUCUCCUUCCAGCAUCCGGACGCCAUGAAGGAGAUCAUGGGUCACCGCAAGGGCAAGGCCGAGGAGAACGCCAAAGACCCGGACUUUAUCGACAAGAACCACAUGGACAUCAUCUCGGCCAACCGUGAGGACCAUUCCCGCUACCGCCGCAUUCUGUCCAACGGCUUCUCCGCCAAGAGCAUGCAGGAGCAGCAGCCCAUCAUCAAGAGCUACAUUGACCUUCUUAUCGAGCGGCUCCACGGCAUCUGCAGCAAGGGCCCUGUUGACGUCGUGGCGUGGUACAAUUAUACCACAUUUGACAUUAUCGGCGACCUUGCUUUUGGACAGUCGUUUGGGUGCCUCGACAAGUCUGACUACCACCCCUGGGUCAAGGUGAUCUUCCAGAACAUCAAAAUGAUUUGCAUGGUCAACAUUACCAGAAGCUUCAAGGUCCUUGAACCUAUCCUCAAGGCCUUCAUCCCCAAGGAAGUCAUGAAGAAGGGCAUGUCUCACAGGCUGUUCGUCCGUGAAAAGGUCGAUCAGAGAAUAUCUCUCGGCACGCCGCGACCCGACUUUGCGGAGACCAUGCUCAAGAAGGGAGCUCAGCCAAUGAACCUGCCGGAAAUGUACGAAAACGCAAACGUUCUCAUCAUCGCCGGGUCCGAGACGACUGCGACGGCUCUCUCAGGCUGCACCUACCUCCUCCUGACCAACCCCGACAAGCUGGCCAAGCUCCAGAAGGAGAUCAGGACCUCGUUCCAGAACGAGGAUGAGAUUGACCUCCUCAGUACCGCCAAGCUCGAGUACCUCCACGCCGUCCUCGAAGAGACCCUGCGAUCGUACCCUCCCGUUCCCGUCGCUCUGCCGCGUAUCACGCCGCCUGCCGGACAAGAAAUUCUCGGACAAUGGAUCCCUGGAAACACCACAAUCGGCGUCACCCACUGGGCCCUCUACCACAACGACAAGAUUUUCUCCAAACCCUUCGAGUUCCACCCGGAGCGCUGGCUCGGCGACCCGGUCUUCGCCGACGACCACCUCGAAGCCCUAAAGCCCUUCCACAUCGGGCCCCGUAACUGCCUGGGCAUGAACCUCGCCUACGCCGAGAUGAAAAUGAUCCUCGCCAAGGUCAUCUGGAACUUUGACCUGCAGCUGGCCGCGCAGAGCAAGGGCUGGAUCGACCACGACGUCUACAUCCUCUACAACAAGCCGCCAUUGAUGGUACACCUUACGCCGGCGGUCAAGGCUUCGGAGUAAGUUUUGUGGAGGGAGAUUGUUGAAAAGAGCGCGGUUUAAUGUUGAGAAUUUGAGAAGCCUUCAUUUUAAGUCAAGUUUGUGAUG